AUGGCCUCCAAUCAGAAGAGCGUUGACUCGCUUGCCGAUGCACCUGAACAACAAAAACGAUUGGAAAAGCUGAAUCAAAAACCUACCAGGAAGAAGCUUGAUCCAACCUCCACUUGUGUUGAUGCUGCUUUGGAGACUCUGUUGAAUUGUGACCAACAGAAGCAAUGGACUCCGAUCAAAAUGGGUUUUGAUUUCUUCAAAACUUUCCUCACCUUCAUCCCACAUUGGAGCAGUAGUGGAUUUCCUGACAAGGGUUCCGGUGUGCAUUUCGGAGAUCUUCUGUCCCGCAUGGAAGAUGCUUUUGAGAAGGCAGGAUGGGAAAUUGAAACUGCAAUCAACAGGGGACAAACUGAGGAUCUGGAUGCUUUGCGUUCCAGCUUGCUUAAAAAGAUUGAACUUUUCAAGCCAGAAGUUAGGGAUGCUUAUGUAUUCCUGGCGGAUUACGCAUUUCGAACCACUGCUGCUGUUCCCGGUAAUUUUGUCUGGACCCGAUUGUAUGGUUCUUUGCUUAGCAAUUGUCAGAAUCUUUAUUCUGUAGGCAGUUUGAGUUUUCCUCUGUUAAAAAAAUUCGAACAAAUAUCAAACAUCUCCCACCUUGCUGAGGUAGUUUUCAGGUAUCCCGACCAAUUCAGCGACCUUUGCACUCAACACCGAGGUGUUGGCAUCUGUAUUGCAAGGCUCUUGUUUUUUCGUUGGGUAGAGGGAACCAAUUGGGCAGAAGAAAAAAUGGCCGUGGACGUGGAGCUGUCUGAUCUUGUGCAGAGAAUUAAGCCCAUUACUCCAUCAAUUUUGGGCAUGUACUUGAAAGCCAUCGAAUCCCAACCCUGUUCCCUCCAAAAAGCUCUUGUUGAGGAACUUGUGGAGAUUACUCUGAUCCUUGUUCCAGAAGAUCAAUCACUUGAAAAGCUCCGGGAUUGCCUAGUUUUUCUCGUGAGUGACCUUGUGGAAUCUUCCAACGAGCUCAUUACAGAAGUUAUUUGUAAAGCUGCAUCUCUUGGUUACUCCUCUUCAAGUACAGCUCGAGCUAAGGGUUCUGAUGAUAAUGCACUUGCACUUCCUCAGUUGCUUAGAGAAGCUGAGCUCCUCACGAUAGGGAUUCUUCUGACGGAGCUCGGAGAAAGCGACUCCAUCUCCAAAACAAGGUUUGAAACCAUUUGUGCAGGGGAAAGAUUUCAUGAUGCUUACCUUGAGAAAAUGAUGCUGAUUCUCCAACAGAUAGAGACGUUGAUCAGUGAAGGCAGCCUCAACGACGUCCCCGCUGCCGCCAAAGUGUCUAUAGGUUUCUAUCUCUCAGUGUUUCAGGCUUUCUUGGUGGAGCUAAUGAGGGAUAGUCCUGGUUUGGUUGUCCUUUUGAAGGACCAUAUUCAAAGGCUGAGCGAGGGAUCAAAACUCUUUUACAAAUAUUCUUCAAUACUUCCUUUGAAGAAUCCAAAUGAUAUGGUCUCGAUUUCUACAGCAAUGAAUAAGGCUAUUGAAGAGGCAGAAACUCUCCAUGAUUUUUGUCUUUCCCACCAGAUUGUAGAACAAAACAUCAAGCAUAUGUCAAUGUUGCUCUCAAAUUUCCUGAAGGCAUUUAAACUUCUCAAUGACAAGUUGAAAGGCACUUAUCUACACUUUCGUAACUCUUUAAAGCUUUCCUUUCCGACGACUCUGCCUGGAUUGGGUUUUGUUGAUUCCUUGGUGGAUAGGCUGUCAGAAUUGGUCAAAUACAGAAAGACAAAUAACUGCCAAAUUGAAGUAUUAUUAACACAGCUCAACUCUUUGAAACCUUACUUGAAGCGGGUUGGAGGAAAGCACAAUGAGAAUUUGGAGCUGAUGAAAGAUCUUCAAAGGGGUGUCAUAUGCGCAGCAUACGAAGCUGAUCACGUAAUUGAUUCAAUUAAUUUGCCUGAUGCAGAUGGUUGCCAUCUAUUAUGGCUUUCUGAUGUUAUAGAUGAUGUGAAACUUGUUAAGGAGGAGUUGAUCAAAUAUAACAACAUGAACAAAGGCUUAGCUGAAGUGCAGAAGGCUGUCCAGACAUCAGAGAACAGGACCAUACAAAGUGACGCUCCAGAAGUUGGAGAGGUCAUUGUUUCCUUGGAUGAUGAAGAAACGAGAAUCAUUGAUCGGCUUAAAAAUGGAUCAUCAGAGCGAGAGGUGGUGGGAAUAGUUGGUAUGCCCGGGAUCGGGAAGACAACUCUAGCAAAGAAAGUGUAUGAUAAUGAUAUAGUAAAGAAGCAUUUUGAGAGAUUUGCAUGGUGCUGCAUCUCUCAAGAAUAUCGAAGGAGAGAAGUGAUGCUUAAGAUGUUAAGUGACAUUGCUAAUACAAUCAAACAGGUCCGUAAUGAGAGCGAUCAAAAACUGGUGGAGAAGCUGCAGAAGAGCCACGAAGAGACUGAUCCCCAAUUGCUCAACCUGUUGCGCCAGAGUUUGUUGGGAAAGAGGUACCUAAUUGUGAUGGAUGACGUAUGGGGAAAAGAAGCAUGGGAGGAUUUGAUGAAUGGAUUUCCAAAAGAAUCACGUGGAAGCAGGAUCUUGUUCACCAGUCGCUCUAACAAAGGGCUCUUUAAUCAGCAAGAUUGUUUUCUUCAUUGUCCUAGAUUUCUGAAAGAUGAAGAGAGUUGGAAGCUGUUACAGAAGAAAGUGUUUCGUGAAGGUAAAUGCCCCUUGGACCUUAUGCAAGUCGGUCGGGUGAUUGCAGAACGUUGCCGAGGCCUACCUCUGGCAAUUGUUGCCGUUGCAGGUCUCCUCAGCAGAACUGAGAGACAAGCUGAUCGUUGGAAUCAGAUUAAAGAGCACCUGAAAUCUCACAUCCUUGAUCCACAAACCCAGUGUGACCAGAUCCUACAACUGAGCUACAAUCACUUGCCAGAUGACCUAAAACCAUGUUUCCUUUACUUUGCAGCUUUUCGAGAGGAUAAUGAGGUUCCAGUUAAAAAGUUGGUAAGAUUAUGGAUAGCGGAAGGUCUCAUAAGGAAAGUUGAUGACAAGGAGCUGGAGGAUGUUGCAGGGGAUUAUGUGGAGGAUCUCAUUGGAAGAAGCUUGAUAAUGGCUGCCAGGAAAGGACCUGACAAUAAGGCCAAGGCAUGCAGGGUACAUGAUAUGUUACACAGCUUGUGUUUGACAAAAUCUAAGGAACAGAACUUUUUGAAGUGCAUAUCCAGGUCGUAUGAUGAACUUUAUCCCAGUUAUAAGGAAGACUACGGUUCUGAGCUGAAACCUAAUUCAAAAGUAACACCAUAUUUGAUACAUCGACUGAGCAUUUGUUCUAAGAGAUAUCAAUUUGUCAACUUAGAGCCUUCUGGUCCACCAGUUCGUACUCUGUUGGUUUUCCCCACCAGUGACACAUACCCAAGAUGCGCUUAUGAUGUCUCCUUCAUUCCUCGUAACUUCAAACUUCUUAGAGUUCUUGAUAUUGAGAGCAUCAAUCUGGGUACCUCUUUUCCUGAAGGAAUACUGUCACUUGAUCCAUUGAGAUACUUAGCCCUUAGUGGAGAAAUCAAAGCUGUUCCUUCAACAAUAGAGAAGCUCUGGAACUUAGAAACCUUUAUCAUCAAGGUAUUCACGGUAAACACGCAAUUACCUAACACAAUCUGGAGCAUGCCAAAGUUGCGGCAUCUCCAUGUGAACAUAGGUGCCGUCUUCACUAACCUGCAAGAAGGUGGAAGUCAAGCAAGCUCUACUAGGUUGGAUAAUCUGUUGACCCUUUCCUCACCUGUUGUCUCGGAUUUUAAGGAAAUGGAGGAGAUCAUGAAAAAAGUUCCACAGCUCAAGAAACUGAGAUGCACAUUUUCCCCUGCUCAGUACUCCUCCGAGGACUGCAAUAUCAAAGUUCUAGUCCCGGACUUACUUGAAGGACUUGAGUCGCUCAAGAUACUCUACAAGGGCACUUCCCGUCGUCCUUAUGAGUUAAGCUUCCCAUCUAAUCUUAGGAAGUUGUCUCUCUCAGACUUCAGCUUGACAUGGAGUUGCGUAUCAUCUAUUGGAAAAUUAUCCCAGCUCGAGGUUCUGACAUUGGUUUCCAUAUCCUUUGAGAGCCAGAAAUGGGAAAUGAGUGAGGAUGACGAGUUCGAGGAACUUAAGGUUUUGAAAUUAGACUCUUUGCAACUUGUUCAGUGGGAGGCGUCCCAAAAUAACUUCCCUAGUCUCGAGCGACUAGUUCUGCGAAGCUGCAAGAAUCUUCAGGAAGUCCCUCCUGAUUUUGGCAAGAUCACUACACUGCAGAUGAUUGAAUUGAUGUGGUGCAGCUCCGCUGCUGAAAAUUCACUGGGAAAAAUCAAGUACCAACAGGUGGAGGUAGUUCAAAACGAGGGGUUUAAGACCAUUGUCAAUGAUCCAGCUGCCGCUUUCAGAACAUAUGUCUGAUCGGCCGAUCAUCAACUUACGGUUCGCUGGUCCAACUUGUUCAUUUCACAUGUAAGAAGUCGAAGCUUUGAUAUUGUUCAGUUCAGUUGUUACAUAUUUGUUCAUGUUUACAGAGUAAAACAGAAUUUUAAUAUAUCGUUCAAAUGCAUCAGCUCCUUUCUAUGAUUUUGAUGAAGACUGAGUGGUAACUUGACCAAUAUAAAGCAAUUACCUCAAACUUAUCUGUGUUUAAUUUAUGCUUGCGUUUUUUAUGGUUAACCUGUACAGGUCUCAUCUCACAGAGAAUCGGUAAGCACUUGGAAAGCAAGGGCGAUCGAGGCGGGAUUCCAUUAGGCGAUGCU